UGCAAUGUAUGUGAUCAUCAUGUUUUUGUGAGGCUUUUGUGAAUUUUCAUUUAAAAAGAAAAAUAAAAAGAAUACUCAGGAUGUCUUACAUUCCCUCUUAUUUAUUUAAAAAUGUGUUCAACGUACUUACAACGUCCUUCUUCAUUUUAUUACUUCGUGCCACUUCCUUUCUGUAUGCCGCGUGCAAUGAAUUUAAUUUACCUGCCGCUCACGUACCGUACCACCUGAAUCGUCUUUCGCAUGAUGCUGCUGCGGUGGGGGCGGGAGCAUGUUGGGGGUAUGAGGAUGGCUGUGACUUGGAGAGGAAUGCCUUCUCCAUGCCUGUGUGUCCAGGAGAGCAUUCCACGUAUGUUAAGGAUAAAGAGACGCAGCUUAGAACGUUCUUUAACCAGGCUGAUUUUGGCUUUAUUCGACAACAAAUCCGUGAGCAGACAAUCAUGUGUGAGCCACUCUUCCAAGGAGAUUCAUCCCUCGAGUGCUCAAAGUACCUGCGCUUCUGCAGUGGAAGGAACAUCAUGAUCAAUUUCACAGAUUUUCUGCAUCGUCGUGAGCCUGUUCGUUACCACAUGGAUGUCCUCAAGGAAGGUGAAAUUGCAGGGCACUGCAAACUUCACAAAGAAGUCCUAGAAGAUGAAUUAGGGCACCUGAGCCCCUUGCAGUCGUGGGCACCAGAAUUACGCUUCUUCCGUGAAUUACCUCAACGUCCCAUUGACAGUGGGAUGUGCGACGUGGUCGUGACACAACCUACAGUUCUGCUCAAAUUAGAUGCCAGUGUUAACAUGUACCAUCAUUUCUGUGAUUUCUUCAAUCUCUACGCAAGUCUCCACGUGAACACAUCCAAUGGGCAGGGCUAUGAUCCUUUUGGACGUGACCUGCAGAUCCUCAUUUGGGAGACCUACAAGUACAUGUCACCAUUUGCAGAAACCUUCGAAGCGUUCACGAAGAAUCCCCUUUGGGAUUUAAAUACUUUCCGGGGGAAAACUGUGUGCUUCAAGAAUUUAAUGCUACCACUUCUACCUCGAAUGAUUUUUGGGCUCUUCUACAAUACCCCAAUUAUCCAAGGCUGUGAAAAAAGUGGACUAUUUCGUGCCUUUUCCGAAUUCAUUCUUCAUCGCCUUGAGGUGCCUUUCUAUGAGAGAAAUAAUUCCAAAAUAAGACUAACUUUCCUGUCGCGUGGUACAAAGUACCGCCGAGUGCUGAACGAAGAGGAACUCCUGGAACGCCUGAAUGAGGAUGCGCGUUUUGACGUGCAAAGUGUCAGCUAUGGGAGUCAGAUGAACUUCCGGCAGCAGUUGGAGAUCACCCGGAAUACGGAUUUGUUUAUUGGGAUGCACGGAGCGGGACUAACGCACAUCCUCUUCCUGCCCAAUUGGGCGACAAUCUUCGAGCUGUACAACUGCGAAGAUCCAACAUGUUACCUCGACCUUGCCCGCCUCCGGGGGGUCAACUACAUUACGUGGGAAAAGCCAGAGAAGCUACAAGCUGAGGAUGAUGGUCGUGGCUCCGGCAGUGGGGGUGCCUAUGCCAAAUUCACAAACUACUCCUUCGAUGUGGAUGAAUUCAUGCGAUUGGUUCACAAAGCAGCGGACCACGUUGAGAAGCAGAAGGAAUUUAGGGAUCUUGUGAAGAAAUAUCUUCCAGAAAAUCACCAAGAACUUUGAACUGUUGGCGUUUUGUUGAGUUUAAAAAAAAAUGAAAGUUAAUUUUGUGAUAAGAGAAGUAUUUUAACGACCACAGCUUUUGAUAAUAAAAUUGAAAUCUCACGAGACAAUUCGCAUUUUCUCACUCCUCCUCUUUUUCUUACUUUUAAUUUUUUCUAUCGUGUGGUUUAUGGGGGGAAAAUCAGGGGGCUUGACAAAAUGUAACCUCUUAGAUAAGAUACAAAAUUGAAUAAUUUGUUUUAUUGAAGAGGUUUUGUUUGAAUUUAUUUAUUCUUGAUAAAAAGAAAUUGAAUGGAAAAUGAUGAAAUGAAUGGAAAAUAUUUGAAGUAAAAAAAAAUUCUAUUUUUUCAUCUUUAUUAUUCAAAAAAAUGUAUAAUACAUAAUUUUCUCACAUUUUAUGUAUUGGCAAAUGUAAAGAUUUUUUUCUUUGAUUUCUUUUUCUUGUAAAAUCUCUUGAGGCCAUACAAAAUUCAGUUUUUUUUGUUGUAACCACUUGCACUCUCAAUUUCUUUGCAAUCACUCCCACGUGCUCCUUUCGUGCUGUCCUUAAAAAUUAAUGAAACUAACUUUGAACUCUGGAACAAGAUUAAAUCGGUUAAAUAUUUUCUUUUCAUUUUUUUUUUAAAUUUAUUUCAUUCACAUUUUAUUGAAGGUUUUUUUCAGUAACAUUUUUGGUUCACUAAUUUUUAGUUACUCCACUAAAAGUUUUCUUUCUUGUUUAAUGUUAUAUAAAAAAUAUGAAGUAUAGUUUAUUUACAGAUCUUAUAGCACUUUUUGUACAGUUUUAUUGAUUUUAUUUUGAAUUUUUAUUUAUUUUUUAUUUGGAGGAGUUAGGGUGGGAUGUAAAUAAUUUUCUUUGUUUCUCUUGUGUAUAGUUUCAUUGUAUAUAAUUCUUUAUUCUUUUAAAAAAAUAUUACAGAAUUUUUUUUCAAUAUGGUUUUUGUCUUAGGUGAUGUUGUAUAGUUUUUCUUUUUUAUCUUUUGGUAUAUCCUUUUUUUACCAAUAUAGGCAACGAUUCUGCUGGAAAUCUUUUAUUUUUCUUUUUGUAUUUUUUAUAUUGGUUUAUGUGGUUCUUGUUGGAAUUAACAAUAACGUAUGAAAAAAAAGUCUGGACACAAACCGUAAGAACUAUAAAAUCAAUACAGCGGUAUUUUUUUAUUUAAAAAAAAUUCCCAAAAGAUUUUUUUUUAAAUUCGAUUAGAAUUUCAAUAUUUUCUUACUUUUUCUUUUUUU